AAAAUAAAAUAGUAUAGAUAUAGAUAAAUAAUGUAAAUAUAAUUUUUUUAAGGAUACAUGGGGAUGAAUAUGAGUAAAAGCAAUGCAAUAAAGAGAGUCUCGGUCGAAGGAAACAUUGUCCCGCAGGUGGCGCUAAACACAUCCUCGUCAAUACUGACGAAGAAGAAGAAGAAGAUCGCGCUGAGCAGCAGCAUGGAAGAAACAGAGCUGGUGGGAUAUUUCCGAGCGCAGAUCAGAGAAGACCCGGACGUGGCUUCAGCGGUGGCUGCUAUCCGAUCGCUGCUGGAGUUCCUCAAGAGGGACCCGAGUGAGACCAUCCUCGGCCUGCGAGAGAACAUGACACAGGCCAUCCGGAGACUGGAAGAGACGGAUUCAUCGGUGGCCGUGUCGUCUGGAGGAGAGCUGUUCCUGCGCUUCAUCAGUCUGACCUCGCUGGAGCACCCGGAUCUCUCGCAGUGUAAGAAUCUGAUGAUAGAGCGAGGUGAGCUCUUCUUGAAGAAAAUAUCGCUGUCCAGGGGCAAAGUGGGAAAGCUGUGCCACACCUUCAUCAAAGAUGGAGCAAAAAUCCUCACACACUCAUCGUCCCGAGUGGUUUUAAAGGUUCUGGAGAACGCAGCGGCUGAUAACAAACGUUUCACAGUAUACGUCACCGAAUCGCAGCCGGACUCAGCGGGUAAACUUAUGGCUCAAAAGUUGCGCAAACUCAACAUCCCCGUCAUGGUGGUGCUUGAUGCUGCAGUCGGGUACAUCAUGGAGAAGGUCGACCUGGUGAUUGUGGGCGCUGAGGGCGUUGUGGAAAGUGGAGGUGUUAUAAACAAGAUUGGUACCUAUCAGAUGGCCGUGUGCUCCAAGGUGCACAACAAACCGUUUUAUGUGGUGGCAGAAAGUUUCAAGUUUGUGCGGCUCUACCCUCUGAACCAGCAAGACGUACCCGACAGAUUCAAGUAUACAGCAGAUAUCCUGAAGACAGUGAAGGAUCUGAACCAAGAGCACCCCAUGAUCGACUACACCCCUCCGUCCCUCAUCACGUUACUCUUCACGGACCUCGGGGUGCUGACGCCCUCUGCUGUCAGCGACGAGCUCAUCAAACUCUACCUAUGAUCAUCGUGAUGAUGACCGCUCUUCAUAAAGCAUUUCUAUCAUUGCCUAAGUGUAUGCACCUGAGAGAUCCUGUAUUUGAAGAGUAUGACACAAUCCUGAUGUUAAGAUUAAAUUAUCUGUUUAGUGGA